UUGACGUCGAAGACAAAGAACAUAUGAAGAUAUCAAAAAUUGGAUCGAUAAUUGGAUAGCCUUAAAAGAUGAAGCGUUCUUCCAACACGAUGGGCUCAUUUGCGAUCGGAACGGUAACAGCCACGGCCGCGAGCCUGAUAUUCAUGGCACUGUUGGCGAGCGGCGACGGUGCGUUGGCCAGGACGGCGUUUGAGAAGCUUACCGACUACGAUUACCGCGGCACUACCUAUUACAGCGUGAGGAAUCUGUCGUUGUACGAGUGCCAAGGAUGGUGCAGGGAAGAGGCAGAAUGUCAGGCAGCCGCGUUCUCGUUUGUCGUAAAUCCCUUGGCGCCGAUGCAAGACACCCUCUGCCAGCUGCAGAACGAAACGGCCGCCACGAAUCCGGCGGCGCAGCCCCAAAGAGCCGCCAAUAUGUACUAUAUGACAAAAUUGCAGAUAAGAUCCGAGAACGUUUGUUUACGACCAUGGGCCUUCGAGCGUAUCUCAAAUAAAAUGAUUCGCGGAUUGGACAACGCAUUAAUUUACACGUCCACAAAGGAAGCUUGUCUCGCGGCUUGCUUAAACGAGCACCGCUUCACCUGUCGCUCCGUUGAAUAUAAUUAUGUGACGCUCCAGUGUCAUCUGAGCGAUUCAGAUCGUCGAACGACGGGUCAAUACGUUCAAUUCGUGGAUGCGCAAGGAGUGGAUUAUUUCGAAAAUUUAUGCCUGAAAGGAAAAGAGGCAUGUAAGGCUCAAAGGAUCUUCCAGAUGCCCAGAAUCGGUGUGGCAGACGAUAAGGUUGCACAAUAUGCGGGCCUGCAUUAUUACACGGAUAAAGAGUUGCAGGUUCAAAGUGAGUCCGCUUGCCGAUUAGCCUGCGAAAUCGAGAACGAGUUUCUUUGCAGAUCUUUCCUUUAUCGCGGUGCGCCACAAGGGUCGGCUUAUAAUUGUCAGCUCUUCCAUUUGGAUCAUUGGACUCUCCCAGAUGGACCUUCCACGUAUCUUAACGCGGAGAGGCCUUUGAUCGAUAAUGGAGAACGAGUUGGCACCUACUUUGAAAAUUUCUGCGAAAAGGGUACUGGACCAAUAUCGGACCCGUUGCCGGUCGUUUUUGAGACUACAGAAGAUUCUACGAUAAACAAUCUCACCCGAAAUGACAUCAAUUGCGACAAGACUGGAACUUGUUAUGAUGUAUCGGUUGACUGCAAAGAUACUCGUAUUGCUGUCCAAGUUCGUACAAAUAAGCCUUUCAAUGGACGUAUUUAUGCUCUCGGACGAUCUGAGACUUGUAAUAUUGAUGUUAUUAAUAGCGAUCUCUUCAGGCUCGACCUCACGAUGAGCGGACAAGAUUGUAACACUCAAAGCGUGCAGCGUGACGGUUUUCAGACUGGAAUAUAUUCAAACACGGUUGUACUGCAACAUCAUUCCGUGGUAAUGACAAAGGCCGACAAAAUCUACAAAGUUAAAUGCACAUAUGAUAUGUCCUCGAAGAAUAUUACAUUUGGUAUGAUGCCGAUCAGAGAUCCAGAAAUGAUCAGUAUUACUAGUGCACCAGAAGCGCCUCCACCAAGAAUUCGCAUCCUCGACAGCCGAUCGCGAGAAGUUGAAACUGUACGCAUUGGUGACAAAUUGACAUUCAGAAUCGAAAUCCCAGAAGACACUCCUUACGGCAUUUUCGCUCGUAGUUGCGUAGCUAUGGCAAAGGACUCGAAAAGCACGUUUCAAAUUAUCGACGACGAAGGAUGUCCCGUCGAUCCUUCCAUCUUCCCCAGUUUCACUCCCGAUGGUAACGCUCUGCAAUCUGUAUACGAGGCCUUUAGGUUCACCGAAUCUUACGGCGUGAUCUUCCAAUGUAACGUGAAAUACUGUCUGGGACCUUGCGAACCGGCUGUUUGUGAGUGGGGACGUGAAUCCGUGGAAUCAUGGGGCAAGAGACGCAGAAGAAGUAUUGCAAACUCGACGGAAGAGAAAGCUGAAGAUAUGACUCUGUCUCAAGAGAUUUUAGUUCUCGACUUUGGCGAUGAGAAACAGUCCGAUUUUCUAAAGAGCGAUGCUAGCAUAGAUUUUAACGAAGCAGACAAAACAGUGACCAUUGUGGAGCCAUGUCCAACGAAAACUUCAGUGUUAGCGCUUGGGGUGACGUGUGCUCUUUUGGUGCUCAUCUAUAUUUCUACGAUUUUCUGUUACUAUAUGAAGAAAUGGCUGACACCUCGCAAAAUGAUGCCUUAAAGAACGAAAAAGAUUCGUUCGCAGAGCGCAUUUGCAAAAGUAAAUGGAAAAAAAUGACGAAUAACGAAGAGUGCGAGAGUUCACACAUACAUUCACACGCACACACACGCAUACUCAUGUCGUAAGUUAUCAAAGGAUUCAUCUUCGCCCUUUCAUUUCUAUUGUAUGUUCAUUUUCAUUAUAUCUACAAUGGAUAAAGCGCACACAUAAAGAGAUGGAAGAUAAGAAAUCGAUAUUCAAAAGAGAUAAUCAUAUUAUCAUGACGCGCAUCUGAACUACUCUUAAUGCAUUUAGCAUUCUAUACAACAUAUAUCAUUUAUGAUUAUACGGAGAUCGAUUAUAGAAAUCGAUUAUACCAUAUCAAUGAAUACUGAUAUUAUCGGUGACACUAUAAUGCUUAUUAAUAUAGACCGACAUUUUUGACAGAAUUAUUUAAAACUAUUAAUAAUAGAACGCAUGAAAAUAAGUCUACGCAAAUAUUAAAAAUUACUUUGACCGAGAUGAAGAUUAUAUGAAUCUCUUGUACUAUGCAUAUAUUGAAAUGCAAACACCUACGCGAUUUCGAGAUCUCGGAUGAAGAGAAUGACUCGACUCGUCUUAGCUGAAGUAAUAUUUAGCAAGAAACAGCUCAUGAAUAUCGUAACUUUUACGAAGGUAACAUAUUUUAAGACGAUCACAGAUUAUAUAACAAAUGCGUAAAUUGUAACAGUGCAAUAUUACAUUUUCGUUAAAUGCUAAAUAUAUUAGACGACUGCCAGGCUUUCAUAUACAACCACUUCGUGUGGAUGCAUGUACUUAAUAAGCUAUUUAUUUUUGGCCACUAAAAUGUGCUGAAAUAUUGUUGAAAUAGCAAUUGUGACUGGUUUUUUUUUGUGCUGACGCGAUUUAUUUUUACAUAUGAGGAAAACACAAUGCUACAUCAGCAACUGUGAUUGAAAUUUGAAUGAUAGUUUGCGCAUGUCGGACGUUGGAAGUGUUGAAAAGUUGGCGACUCUUUCGCACACAUACAUACAAACACACGCAUACGUACACAUACGACAUAUUUCGCGGAGCUCACUCGCGACUAAGACCACCUUGAAAAUGCAAUCAGUAGAUUUUAUUUAAGAAUAUUCUUAGAAACAGCUAACUGUGUCCUCUAGUGGCUACUUCUGAUCGGGUUGCAAGGAGAACAGGAGCGAGCGACGAAUUUAUUUUUAAUGUUGCUCGAGUGAAAUUUUUUUGGUAUGUCCAAACGAUUGAGACAGUUUUGAUUUAGUAACGGAGAUCGAUUUGUAACCCGUAUCAAGACUAGCGAUAUUUAAAGGUUCACGCUUCACUAACGUCUUUAAUGAUACAAAUAGCAUUAAGAUAGCGAUUAAGCAUAGACGAAUGAAGGAAAAAAAAGAGAAUAAUCGAGAAAAUAUAUUUCUCGGAUUUAGUGAAUUCUUGAAGCGGUUCGUAUUUUAAAAAAAAAAGAAGAAGAAAUCUUACGAAGAAAAA